AGUCCACCUCCCGUUAUCGUUGCUAUAAAAAGGCGAUCCACGCCAGAGAAGUGCGAUCCAUGAAUGCCGUUGAACAACAAAAAGAUUCGAGUGCCAAAGUCAGGUCCAGUGAAUUCAACGCAAACGCAGUGUUCGAAGGAAGGCAGGCGUUUUUCAGGCUCUACAACCGUUUAAUAAAAAAAUAAGCUCCACCAUGUACCACUUUAAGAUCAAAGCAGUUGUACUCGUUUCGUUCGUACUAAUCCUCUAUCUGCAAACGAUGACUGCACGGCCGCUCAGCUCUCACGAACACAAAGCCACACAGCAGCCUUACGGCGCUGUGCCAAAGACGAAAGACUCCGACAUGGCCACUGAGUUCCCACACACCAUCGAUGAGCCAAUACUACACGAAUUGGACGCAGCAUUAAUGAAAUUGGCCAAUGUUUAUAUGCAGGCGCUUUUCUCCGGCACACACACGGCUGAGUUGGAGGUGGAGUUGGAUGCCUUGGAGCUGCGAUUCUACGAUUUAUUAGACUCGCUUUACAGGGAAGACCGUAUGUCGGAAUAUAUGAAAUAUGAGGCCGAGGUCACGCAUCAAAUGAUUAUCUACAACUUGCUGAAGAGACUCUUUGGCUACGCAAAGGAUGAUGCGGCUGCGUAGAAAGCUGAUGAAGUUGACGAAGCCAAGAAAUGAAGAUCGCAUGAGCGGCAGAGUCAGCAGUAAUGAGACUCGCAAUGAUCAGUUCUCAACUCAGCAGACUAUUCGCGAAACAGGGGGGUUAUUGUGUCUGGCAAGAGAUCAAAUGGUGCAUGAAAUCAUUAGUGCUUAGUGAUUAUGAAAUUUUGGUUUAACCGUGAGUUGUGGCAUCAAAGUGAUUAGAUUUAAAGAAUGCUUCUCUCAUUAGUCCAAGAAGUGAAAUUUCACAAUAUGCAAGUAUUUUUAUAUAAAUCUGAAAGUUAUUGCUCGAGGUCGAUAUAAUGGUACGUACUUAUUGCAGAGACAUAAAUUGCGCAUAAACUAAGAGCUACUGAAUCAAGCCAAAUUGUUAUA